CUUCCUGGUGAAUGCCAAACAAACCGAUUUCAAUUGACGGAACGAUUUCAAGCCGCUAAAAUGGCAAACGUGCGCUGUUUACACAAGCUAGUCCGCCUGCAGAAGCUCCUGCUGCCGCUCAGUGCGCAAAGCUCCCGCUUGGCUCCAUUGCAGCCAAGGCCAAUGACUUUCCUAUUGGCAAGGAGCUAUGCCAGGGAUGAGAAGACCACCAACCUAGACGACUUCCGGGCCCGCGAGGAGCAGCGCGAAAAGGAGAGGGAUGCGGCUGAUGAGGCGGCUGCAAAGACAAGCCAAAAAGAGGCAGGAGGAUCUACAGGAUCGGAGUCAAGCGGGCCGCAGGACGAGGCCAAGCAGGCCAAGGUGGAUGCCAUUCGGGCCAAGAUACUGGACGCCGCCCUGCAGCACGUGCCACAACAGGGCUGGACCCGACAGGCCAUCGUUCUGGGCGCCGAGGAGAGUGGCUAUCCCAGCGUGGUGCACGGCAUGUUCCCCGAGGGUGGCUUCGCCCUGGUCUCCCACUUUAACGGAAAGUGCAACGCACAACUGGUGGAGAGCCUGCAGCAGAAGACAGAUGGCGGAAAGCAGGCGGUGGAGGAUCCGCUGGACUUUCUUGUGCAAGCGGUGCGUCAGCGCCUGGAAAUGGUCACCCCCUACAAGAGUCAGUGGCCCCAGGCGAUGGCCUUGAUAGCCCAGCCCCAGCAUGCGCCCACAGCCCUGGCCCAAGUGCUCACCCUGGUGGAUGACAUCUGCUACUACUCCGGGGAUCGAUCUGUGGAUUUCGGUUGGUACACGAGACGCGUUGGUCUAGCGACCAUCAUGAAGAUGACCGAGCUGUACUUCCUGCAAGACACCUCUCCAGGACACGCUCAGACAUGGGACUUUCUCAAGAACCGAAUGGACGAGGCUGUGCAGCUGCAAAUGAUGCUAUCCCAGACUGAGGGCAUGACGCACACGUUCCAGCGUUCCUUUAAUUCGGCGUUCAUAACGGCGCGUAACAUACUCGGUCUGGGCUAUAAUCGUAAUUAGCACGGAAAUAUACCGAUCCCGUGAUCAGUUGCCUCGAGUGCCGCAUGCAGUCCAAAGAUAAAUAAUUCUAGUGGGAAAGGUGCUGCUCCCACUUGAAGAUCUACACUUAUGUUUACCUUAAAUCCAUAUGUAUAUAUGUGCAUAUAAGUACACCCCUGUACAACCCAAUCGAAGUUGUUAGCUUUCGCGGAUUUUCUGGGGAGGAAAUGUCGAAGACCCAACUAUACUUUGUUAGACAAUAACUUUUGUUUCCUCACUUUGCCAAUAUUCGCAGUCUGAAACUGCAAAUAAAAGGGAAACGGGAAACCCAAUAACUUAUUA